UUGCUUUUAGACUUUAGACCAAUUUAGACCCUCAAUAGAUCGGAUAAUAACGCAUCGAUCUACCGACUGCCAUCAACUUAGACGGCACACGAGUUAUUUCAGAACCAUUAGCUGGUGGGAAUAAUCAGUAAUCACAAGUGAAUUUUUGGUCCACGACGGGUACAAACUUUCUCUAUGCUUCAAAAUCAUUUUAAAAAGGAAGUGAGUUUAUCAUUCUUCAUUUUCACAAAUAUUGUUGAGAAUUAAGAAUAUUCCACAGAAUGUCAUCACUACAACCUAUAGAGGCCCUAAGACUGGAUUCGGUUCAACAAGAGGCCUUUGUUAAAUAUUUUAAUUCUCUACCAGAGAAACCUCUAACAACAGUGCGUAUAUUUGACCGCGAUGGCUACUACAGCGUUCACGGCACGGAUGCAACUACAGUGGCGCGGGAAGUUUUCUCUUCAAUAUCAAAUAUCAAAAGAAUGGGUGUCGAGCCCAAUCGGCUGGAUUACCUCGUGCUUUCGAAAGGAAAUUUUGAGAUUCUCAUUAAGAAGUUACUUUUGGUCAAACGUUACAGAAUAGAAAUCUAUGUACCAGAAACUUCAGCAAAAUUCAAUAACUGGGAGCUCAAGUACAAAGGAUCACCUGGAUAUAUGACGCAGCUGGAAGAUGUUCUCAGCGAAGCUUUUGGCUCUACUGAAGGCCAAACUCCUUGUUUGAUGGCUGUUAAUAUUAAGACUGACGCCGUAACGAAGGGUCGCCUCGUAGGCGUGGCGUGUAUCACAGCAGCCGAUUAUCAGAUGUCGGUAUCCGAGUUCACAGACGACGAUCUUCUCACGCAGUUAGAGACCAUUACGAUUCAAAUGGGACCAUCUGAAUGCCUCGUGUCGCAAUCUGACAACGAUGAUUAUAAAGCCGUAAACAAGGUAAUGGAAAGAGCUCAAGUUACAAUAACAAAGCUUAAAAAGAGCGACUUCUCCACCGAAGGCCUCAUUCAAGAUCUCAAUCGUCUGCUUAAAUUCAAAGAUGAUCAACAACAAGACGCCAAUGCCUUUCCAGAAACAUCUAAAACUGUUGCCAUGUCCAGUUUAGCUGCUGCGAUUAAAUAUAUCUCCUUAACGUCUGAUAAUACUAAUUUUGGACAAUUCUGGCUAUCAACAAUCCAAGCUGAUUGUUACUUGCACUUGGACGCGGCUGCGUUAUCGGCGUUGAAUGUUCUACCGGAGUUGGGUGACACAUCGCACUCACCUUCACGGAGUCUCCUCGGUUUGCUUGACAGAUGUCGCACACAGCAGGGUAAACGUCUACUAGCUCAAUGGCUUCGACAACCGCUCCGCGACAUAAACCUCAUAAACGAACGACUCGACGUAGUGGAAGUGUUAGUCAACAAAUCGCAAUUACGGCUUCAGCUUCACGAGGACCAUUUGAGACGUAUUCCUGACUUGCAGGCAUUGACUAGACGCCUCACCAAAAAAAAGGCUAACUUACAUGAUUGUUAUAGGAUUUACCAGGCUAUCAACAGGCUUCCUUCACUGCUUCAAUGCCUAGCCGAAGCAGACAACUCGACAGUUCAUUCGUCUUUAACGGAACCGAUCUCAGAGCUGAACGAGGACUUGAGUAAAUUCCAGCAGAUGAUUGAGACUACCGUCGAUAUGGAUGCUGUCGAUAGAGGUGACUUCUUAGUGAAACCCUCAUUUGAUGAGCAGCUACAGAACCUGCGUGAACAGCUAGAAGAGCUCCAAAACUCCGCAGAAAAAGAACUGAAAAAAGCUGCACGCGAUCUUAAUCUUGAACCUGGAAAGAGUAUUAAAAUGGAGAGCAAUCCCGCUACUGGAUUUCAUUUUAGAGUAACUCUAAAAGGCGAACAAUCAUUUCGUGACAACAAGAAAUAUACUAUAAUAGACGCCGUGAAGGGAGGCGUUCGAUUCAAAACUAACGCUCUUGAUAAUAUUAACGAAGAAUAUGUGGGAACUAAAAAGACUUAUGAGAAGGAACAGGAUAAGGUUGUUGCCGAAAUCGUUGGCAUUGCAGCUGGUUACUCUGAAUGCUUGUUUUGUCUAUCACACAUACUAUCUCGUCUCGAUGUGCUGGUGUCUUUCGCGAUCGCCGCCUCGACAGCGCCAUACCCGUACUGCCGUCCAGUAAUUACUGAAGACUUGGACGAGUUUAUAGUAAAGGAAGCCAGACAUCCCUGUUUGGAAGUCCAGGAAGGAAUUUCGUACAUACCUAAUGAUGUUGCAUUUAAACGAGGCUCCUGUAUUAUGCACAUAGUGACAGGUGCAAAUAUGGGUGGCAAAUCGACGUGGAUGCGUUCGUGUGGUGUGGCAGCCCUAUUAGCUCAUGCCGGGUCUAUGGUGCCCGCCGAUUCAGCCAGAAUACCACGUUUAAGAGCCAUUUGUACUAGGGUUGGCGCUUCUGAUCGUGAGGAUAAGGGACAGAGUACUUUUAUGAUGGAGAUGAUCGAAUCCGCGGCUAUAUUGAGGAUUGCGACACCCGAUUCUCUGGUGCUAGUCGACGAACUGGGCCGAGGAACUUCUACUUAUGAGGGGUGCGGUAUUGCUUGGGCUAUCGCAGAGGAACUAGCAACAAAAUCCAAGUGUUUCUGUCUCUUCGCUACGCACUACCAUGAAUUAACCCGUCUGCCUAGUUUACACUCCGGCGUCAUUGUAAACAGUCACGCCGAAGCCUCAGUGGUUGAUCAACAACUUUUAUUACUACAUAAGAUUGCCCCUGGACCGGCUACGCAAUCUCUGGGUCUAUAUGUCGCCAAACUGGCGGAUUUACCCGAUUCUAUAAUAGAGUACGCCGAAGCAAAACAAGCUGAACUGGAAACAAACCUGUUCAAUGUUGAAACGGCUAUGAACACCCAGGACAUCUCCGAAGGUCAGACUAUAGUAUUAGACUUUUUACGCAAAUGUAAAGAAAUACAAGAGUCUACUCCUUCUGACGACGAAAUGAUGCGAAAAAUUCUCGAAUUGAAACAAGAUUUGUUGAAACAAAAUAACAAAUACGUGGAAUCUUUUGUUGCUUAGUGUGUCGUCUAUUGUUUAAUAAA